GAUUUCAAGGUGGGGAACCUCCUGGGGAAAGGCUCCUUCGCAGGGGUCUACAGAGCAGUGUCCCUGAAAACCGGGCUGGAAGUGGCUAUCAAAAUGAUAGAUAAAAAAGCUAUGCACAAAGUUGGAAUGGUGCAGAGGGUUCAAAAUGAGGUGAAAAUACAUUGUCAGCUGAAGCAUCCAUCCAUACUUGAGCUUUAUAACUACUUUGAAGACAGCAACUAUGUAUACUUGAUCCUGGAGAUGUGUCACAAUGGUGAAAUGAGCAGAUACAUAAAGAACAGAAAGAAACCCUUUUCAGAAGAUGAAGCCCGACUCUUCUUGCAUCAGAUCAUCACGGGUAUGCUGUACCUUCAUUCCCAUGGAAUACUGCACCGGGACCUGACCCUCUCCAAUAUCCUACUCACCAAUAACAUGAAUGUCAAGAUUGCUGAUUUUGGACUAGCCACUCAGCUGAAAAUGCCUCACGAAAAGCAUUACACCAUGUGUGGAACUCCCAAUUACAUUUCCCCGGAGAUAGCCACCAGGAGUCCGCACGGACUCGAGUCUGAUGUGUGGUCUCUGGGUUGCAUGUUCUACACUCUCCUCAUUGGAAAGCCACCCUUUGACACGGACACGGUCAAGAACACGCUCAACAAAGUGGUGCUGGCAGAUUAUGAAAUGCCAGCCUUUCUGUCUAGAGAGGCUCAGGACCUCAUUCACAGGUUGCUUCGCAAAAACCCUGCAGAUCGCUUGAGUCUCUCCUCUGUGUUGGAUCAUCCUUUUAUGUCCAGGUGCAGUUCUGCACGGAGUAAAGAUUCGGGAUCUUCAGAAGAUUCCAUGGACAGUGGAAAUGCUACCAUCUCGACAGCCUUCACUGGCUCUUCCAGCAUCAGUACUAGUGGCUCCUUGAAGGAAAAGAAGAAGCUGUUGGCUGCACAGCCACUCCCAAAUAAAAUUACCUUUUUCCCUAAAACCAAGAACUCCAAUAAUGCUCCAUCGGUAGAUGGAAGUGGUUCUUUUCAUCAGUGGGGAGUGGGAACAGAAACUGGCAUGACUGGCAGGGGAAGAGCCAUGCAGCUUGGUGAGGAGAGACCACAUUCCCGCUACCUCCGCAGGGCUCACUCCUCGGAUCGCUCUGGCACAUCCCACAGUCAGACCCAAGGAAUCCCAAACGUGGAGCGAUGCCACUCUAUGGAAGUGCUUUCUAAGCCUAACGUGGGAACAAGGGAAAACACAGAAUACUUCUCACCUGCCAACAGCUAUGCUGAUAUCGGAGAGAUAUUUAAGGAGAAGACUUCUGGUAGUUCUGGUUCUUUUGAAGGGCAAAUAUCUCCACCUGUAAAAGAUCAACCACACUCAAAUUAUCUGUGCCCAAUGAAGCCCCAGGUUGGUUUGUUAGAGCAGAAGUCCCAGGCUGAGACGAUGCAGCAGUGGCUUGGAAGCAUGCAAACAAAUGUUCCUCUGAGACCACCUGCAGACCUGUCUGGCAACAGUAAUGCCCAUGGAGGCUUUUGGUAUCCUCUGGACAUGCAGCAAGGUGCACCAAGAAAUGCAUGGAACACCUUAAAAGAUAUAAGGAAUUGUGAUGCCUCCGACUGUCCACAUGCCUUAAACCAGAGAAACCCAAAGAAAUGCAUCCCUGGAGUUCUCUGCAAAUCUGAGAAAAUUCAACCAUCUUCAACCUGUGGCCUUUGGUCAACUUCAGAACAAGCCCCAAUGUGGGGCCAAGAACCACCAGGGCACCAGAAACGGACACUGCGAAGCAUGGUGUCACCUCUCAGUGCUCACAGGCUCAAACCCAUCAGGCAGAAAACAAAAAAUGCAGUGGUGAGCAUUCUAGAUACUGGGGAAGUGUGUAUGGAGUUCCUAAAAGACCACCAUUCACAGGAAUUUGUGAAAGAAGUUCUCAGAAUAUCUUGUGAUGGAAAUGUGAUUGCAGUUUAUCAUCCAAAUGAAGGAAGAGGUUUCCUUCUUGAUGACAGACCUCCUGCUCCUCCUGAAGGCAUCUGCAUGUAUAAUUUUGACAACUUGCCAGAAAAGUACUGGAAAAAAUACCAGUAUGCAGCCAAGUUUGUGGAGCUGGUAAGGACAAAAACCCCCAAAGUGACGUUCUACACAAGAUAUGCCAAGUGCAUGUUGAUGGAAAAUUCACCCACUGCAGAUGUUGAAGUUUGUUUUUAUGAUGGAGCAAAGAUACACAAGACAGCUGGAAUAACUCGUGUGAUUGAAAAGUCAGGCAAGUCCUUCACGUUGAAAGGAGACAGCGAAGCAGGGUUGAAGAAGGAAAUACAAGUUUAUAUGGAUCAUGCAAAUGAGGGCCAUCGUAUAUGCCUUGCACUGGAAUCUGCUGUUUUGGAAGAAGAAAAAAGGACUGGAAAUGCUCCAUUUUUUCCAAUAAUUGUUGGAAGAAAACCUGGCAAUACUGAAUCACCACAGGAUGUGUCACCUCCACUGCUGGACAGUACAAACUGUUCCAAAGAAGUUGUGGCACUGGAUAGAAAUAAAGCUGCCAGUUCUGUUCCAGUUCAGACUUCAAACUGCACUCCUGUGGUGUCCUAUGAAAAACCUGCAUUUCUGGCUAACACUGCUGAAACUAUGUGCUCCUCGGUCCAUCAAACAGAAUGCAGUCCCAAUUCAGCCCAGCUUGUAAAAUCUGUCUUUGUGAAGAAUGUUGGUUGGGCUUCUCAGCUGACCAGUGGAGCAGUGUGGGUUCAGUUUAAUGAUGGAUCCCAACUGGUAGCCCAAGCAGGUGUUUCUUCUAUCACUUACACAUCCCCAGAUGGCCAGACAGCCAGGUAUGGAGAAAAUGAUAAGUUGCCAGAAUACAUCAAAGAGAAGUUGCACUGUCUGUCUUCUAUUCUUGUGAUGUUUACCAAUCCAGCUAGUCCUCAUUGA